CCAGACAGACCCCAAACAAAAACAAACAACAAAACCCCACCGAACCUCACGUAUACAAAUACAACAUCUCCAUCCCCAAUUCUCCUCGUCUCCUUCCUCGUUCGUUGCCGCCCCCUGUUUUGGUUCUCCCCUUCACCAAACCCGAAUUCCACCUGCAUUACUUGCUUCAUCGCUCCUGCAUCUUGAUCUGGGAUUAUUUGAUUUUCCCCAAACUCUGAUCCGCAUCCUUCGUCAAGCAUGCCUUCCCGAGUCACAGCAGGUACCGCCAUCGUGCUCAUGGGCGUCUCCGGCGCUGGGAAAAGCACCAUUGGGGAACUCCUGGCGACAGAGUUGAACUGCAGCUUUCUUGACGCCGACGAUUUCCACCCUCAUUCCAACAAAGAGAAAAUGAGGCAGGGCAUUCCCCUGACGCACGAAGACAGGAUCCCCUGGCUCAAUCUCCUGAGGGACAAACUCCGGCACCACCUCAUCUCCGGUAACACCGUCGUCCUCGGCUGCUCUUCCCUCCAGAAGUCCUACAGAGACAUCCUCCGCUCCGCCGACCCCCACCCACCGUCGUCCACCUCCUGUUGUUGCUGCCACUUCGUGCUGCUGGACGCCACCGUCGACUUACUCACCCGCCGCCUCACCGAGAGAGCAAAACAGGGCACCCAUUUCAUGCCUCCGAAGCUGCUGCAGUCCCAGCUGGAUCUCCUCCAGAUCGACCCUUCUGAACCCAUUCUCAAAGUCGAUGCUUCCCUCCCUCCUCCCGCCAUUGUCUCCACCAUCAUCUCCGCCUUCUUGAUUUCUAGCCCCGGCCACAGACAGCCAUCGUGCCGGCCCGAUUUCCCACAGCACACCACCAGCACCGCCGCCACCAUUCAAUAGCUAGCUGCAAUUUACUUGUAAUUUUUCAAUUUAAUCCCAAAUGAUUAGUGAUUAGACAUAUACAUGGUUAACUUCAUUAGCAUCAAUAAUCAAAUCUGUCUGUUUUUCUUCUUGUUUCUUUCUUCUGUAUACCGUGCAACCAAAUGUACAAAGUGGGAGUCGAGAUAGACGCGGAGAAAAAACAGAGUAAACAUCAAAUAAGGCCGGUCCAGUUCCAGUCCAAAGAGGUAGGCGCGGGACCAGGAACGGGAAGGAAAGCGCGUAUAAGAGAGAGAGAGAGAGAGAGAGAGACAGGUGAGGUGGGUUGGCUAGUUACAUACAGGCUGUUGUUAAUCACAAGAUUAGGGACACAUUCAAAACUUCCUUCCUCGAUUAGAUUACCUUCUUUAGUUUGGCUUUGGCAAGCUUCAAUAAUCAAUAUCCACCAGAAUUGGGUGAGAGGAUCAGUACGUGACUAGGCAAAUCCACAAGCUACAAGUGUCCUAACGAAGCUAUAUGAUCAGCCAAAAAAAUUUGCUUCUAUAUAGACAUACUCAAUCCUAACUUAACUUGUCAUGGAUUAUCGUCAUGGGC